CUUGCUCGCACAUUUUCCCCAGCUUCUUGAGAUCUCACUGCAAAUGCACCACCGUCCAUCACAACCACAUGCCAAAAAAGGAAGUUGGUAUUCGUGUUGGCCCUUGGGUGGCUGGCUUGCCAGCAGAAUUCCUUUACUCGCUGCAUAAAAUGGGCAGCUUGGUUUGUGUUUUUUUUAUUCUCUCUUUCUUCUUCCUUCCAUCACCUCGCCAUUCUCUUAAGCCUCAUACUAAACAAGUCCUCUCUUUUUGUUUGUCUCCUACACAUCGCCAUGUCACGUCUCUCUGCUAUCCUCCUCCUCGCCACCACUGCCGUUUACGCGUCCGUCGCCCCCGCUCACGAAUCUCAUACCGAGAAACCCCCUAGGAACAAGUGGUAUCAAGAAGACGAUCAUCCAGUACACGCCCUCUUCAAGCGUGGACCAGUCGGCGAUGGUAUUAUUUAUCCCGCGGUAGGAACGCCCGAAUGGUCCGCCGGCUUCCCCCCAACCACUGCGGAUACUACGAUGCUCCCAAAGACUUGGGUGGAUGCCCUUAACGCAGCCGCCUUGGCGGGCAAGAUUCCCGAUAUCCCCCAGUCUACGGCUACCAACGGAUUGGAUCCAGUAUACCCCACUGGAUAUGACCCAUCAAGCCCAACUGUUUGCUCCUCAACUGCCAAGUGCGUCACGCCAGGUGACGUGUGGGAUGCUCCACCGGGUGUCGUCGCCCUUAGUUUUGACGAUGGUCCGCUACCCGCAUCAGAUCAGCUGUAUCAAUUCCUCGCUAGUAAAUCGGAACAUGUGACACACUUCUUCAUCGGCACCAACAUUCUCCUGUAUCCCGAGCAGUUCAAAACCGCCUUCGAGACGAACCAGGAUGAUAUCGCCGUUCACACCUGGACUCACCCAUACAUGACCACCAAUUCGAAUCUCCAGGUUCUCGCUGAACUCGGAUGGUCGAUGGAGCUCAUCCACAACUCGACAGGCGGGCGUAUCCCUAAGUACUGGAGGCCGCCUUACGGUGACUGCGAUAUGCGUGUCAGGGCUAUUGCAAAGGAGGUGUUUGGUCUCACGACCGUCAUCUGGAAUCAAGAUACAGAUGACUGGACCUUGAGCGAGCCUGUCCCAUUGACCACGCCAGAGAAAAUCCAACAGCAGAUGACACAGUGGUUGACCGGUCCAAAGACCCCCGGACUUGUCAUAUUGGAACACGAGUUGUCUGAUCUAUCCGUCAAGUCAUUUAUGGAUGCAUACCCGAUGAUGGUUUCAAACGGCUGGAAAAGGUUAUCCCUUGUUCAGAUGGAUGCUGGUUCAGCCUACCAAAACGCCUGGAACUCAACAUCCAAAGUCAACCCAGCAAAUGUAGGCGACUUGGCUGUCAAGCCCCCGGCCCUCCCCAGUGCAAAACCGACGGCAAGCCUUGCCAAAUUGCCGGCUUCACCCUUGCCGUCGUCCGCAAAACCUGCAUCUUCCAACAAGCCUCUUGGCAACCAGAAGAGCGGGGCGACUCACUUCAGCGCCGCGUCCCUUGCACUUUCUGGUAUCACCGCAGCUAUUGUCGCAGCUGCACUUGGAAUUAUCAUGUCAUAAGGGUACCGGAUUUUUGUAAGAGACAUUCAUGCACUUCGCGCACAUUUCUAUCCUACUUGGACAAUCGUACACAUUUGGGCUACUUUAUAAUCUCAUUAUUAGCGAAUAUAUUCACGCAAUCACACAAUCAUUAUGGGAUCUUUUUUUCCACCAAGCGUGUUGCUGCCUGACCGUGUCUUUCUUGUACCAAUGCAGCCUU